GUCUUCAGAGCAGCAAGCGCACACUCAGCGCAGCUCACUCUGCACUUUCUGCUGCUGCCGCUGCCGCUGCCACUGCGGGGAGACCCGCCGCUCCUUCACAUUUCAAUUGCUGGAUUUACAUUCAUCUCUUUAAGAUGAGACUUCUUCUCGUCGCCGCUGCUGUGGUUGCAGUCCUGUUGACAGGAAAUCUAGCACUUCCAGUCGGGAAGGAAGGACAGAGAGAGGAUGUGGUAACAAAAUGCUUGGUUGAAGUCCUGUCCAAAGCGCUCACCAAACCGGACUCUCAGCUGGAUCAGGAAUGCAAAGAUCUUCUCCAAACAGGUAUUAAACAUGCCCCGCUGGACAAGAAGAGCGGGGAAGGUAUGGUAAUGCAUGAAGAGGUGGUCAAAGUCCAUCCAGAGGACACUGAGGCAAAGACAACUGAUGUCAAAGAUAUUGAGGCACUCUUACAAUCUGUGGCAGAGAAGAGAGAAACGCCUGAAGAUGAGCGUAACCAAGAAUCCUGGAGUCUGGGUGAUGAGAAGGAGAAACAAUAUGGAAAUGAAGACGAAGAAGUGCGGGAGAAGAGAGCUAACUGGAGGCCUGGAAGAUAUUACCAAAAAAACCACAAGCGCAAUGAAGAAGAAGACAAUGAGCGCAGUCAGGAGAGUUGGGGGCUGUUUGACAAGAGAUCAGAGGACGAGGUGGAAGAAGAAGAAGGUGCAGACAGGGAGAAAAGGAAAUGGAGGGCUGGAAGACCUUAUCAAAAGCAACAAAAGCGAGGUGAAGAAGAAGACAAUGAGCGGAGUCAGGAGAGUUGGGGGCUGUUUGACAAGAGAUCAGAGGAAGAGGUGGAUGAGGAGGGAGAAGAAGGUGGUGAAAGGGAGAAAAGGAAAUGGAGGGCUGGAAGACACUACCAAAAACAACACAAACGAGAUGAGGAACCUUUAGGAGACGAGGGGGAGGAACCAGAGGAGGAACGUAGCCAAGAGUCCUGGGAUGUGGACAAGAGGCAUGGGAGAGAGGAAGAGGGAGAAAGAAACAAGCUCAUAUGGAAACCCACACACCGCUACCACCAAAAGAAAAAGCUCCACAAACGUGGUGAUGAGCCAUCUGAGGAAGAGGGAAAUGAGGAUCGUAGCCAGGAAUCUUGGGGUCUUGAUGAUGAAAGAGACAAGAGAAACUGGAGGCCAGGCAGACACCACCAGAGGAGAACAAGACGUGAUGAGGAGCUCUCAGAAGAAGCUAGGGAAGACCCCGAUGAAGAACGCAGCCAAGAGUACUGGGACUUUGACACUGGAAGGUACAAGAGAAACUGGAGGCCCGGCAGACACCACCAGAGGAGAGAAAAACGUGAUGAGGAGCUCUCAGAAGAAGUUAGGGAAGACCCAGAUGAAGAACGCAGCCAAGAGCACUGGGACUUUGACACUGGAAGGUACAAGAGAAAGUGGAGGCCUGGCAGACACCACCAGAGGAGAGAAAAACGUGAUGAGGAGCUCUCAGAGGACAGGCAGGAAGACGGUGAUGGAGAACGUAGUCAGGAGUCCUGGGGGCUUGAUAAAAGACACGACAAAGAAGAGGGAGAAGUUGAGAAGCGCAUAUGGAAACCAACCCACAGAUACCACCACAAAAAGAAGUAUCACAAGCGUGGUGGAGGCUCAUCAGAGGAGGAGGAAGAACAGAGAGCUGUUUCAGAGGAAGAUGAAGAUACAGCAAAGGACAGGGAUGAAGCUCUGAGGUAUCUGGCUGAGAAACGCAAUCCUUGGAUUUACAGAAGCUUCUACCAUCCUGCCUGGUUUAAACGGGAUUCUGCAAACUCAGACAAGAUGGAUGAACUGGCCAAGUUGUUGGGCUAUAAAAUAAACCAGCUGGCCAACCACUCUAAUCAAGAGGAGGCAAAGAGAAGCAUGAACCAGAGAGAACUCAGCCCGCAGGAGGAUAAAGAGCUGGAAAACCUCGCUGCGAUGGACAUGGAGCUGCAGAAAAUUGCAUCCAAGUUGCAUGACAACAGCGCGUAAGCGAGGACGGACGGCAUUUUGAGACACCAUCAGUUCAGAUUACAGCCGGAUGUCUUACCGCAUGUCUGCCAAUUUUGUGUGCUCACAUUGUAAUGAAAAAAUAAGACCCUGGAGCCUUGCCAAAAAUAUCAAUACCAACUUAUGUAUCAUUGUAUUUGUGAUAUUUUGGUGUAAUUAACUUAAAAUCAGCAUGGGAAUGGUUUUGGUGUUCAUACUUGUAAAGAAACGAUACAAUUGUAAGCAGAUCAUUGAAAUAAUUGAGUUCUGAAGAGCUUGCUCAGUGUGUACUCAAUAAAAUGAGUUUUUCUGGGACCAAAAA